CCUCGUUAUUUGCCAAACAGUUAAUGUUGUUUUCUUUUAUUGGCAAUAAUAACAGUUAAUGUGUAGCAGAAAUUGUGUGCAGUUUAGCAAAAUCAUUGGAAGGGGCAAUUUAAUGCAGAUGGGCUUCUAUUUAAACCAGAUGCUACUUCUGGUGCUCCUGAGUGCAGCAGCAGCUAAAACCCAACCUAUUUCAAAGCCAAACUGCCCAACAAAGUGCGGCGAUGUUAGCAUUCCCUUUCCCUUUGGCCUCACUGAGCACUGUUCUCUCAACACCUCAUUUCUCAUCACUUGCAACCAAACCCUUUCACCACCCAUUCCAUUCUUGAACAGUACUCAACAAAGUCUUUCAUCACCCUUUAACUUCUUGAAUGCUACUUAUGAAAAGCUGCGGGUGCUGAACAUCUCACUCGACGGCCAACUGAACGUUUCAUUGCCGGUUGCUACAAGUUGCGUCAAUAACAAGACUGGUGAAUCAGACAACCAAUUUUUUAUCAUCACGUUCGACACACCUUUUCACCUAUCAUCCAAGCAAAACAAGUUAACUGUAUUGGGCGCUGACACGGCAGGACUUGUAUCUGGUCAAGAUUCAACAUCCAAAACACCAUACGCUCCCACUUCUUGCGUGUCCAUCAACACCACAAACCCAAUUUACAACUACACACAUGACGACUGCUCCGGCAGUUUUUGUUGCGAGACUCCAAUUCAACAUAGGCUAUCGGAAUUCGGCUAUAUUUCUGCUUCAAAUAUCUUCAACAAAAACUACACCAAGCCAUAUCAGUCCUACCCAUGUGGUUAUACAUUUCUGGUUAAGGAGGGAGCCUACAAUUUCUCCAUGACAGACCUCAUCAAUUUUAACAGAACCAAAACGUUUCCUGUGGUUGUCGAUUGGGCAGUGGGGAACACGUGCCGAGCUGCUCAAAAGAAUACUUCAAGCUAUGCGUGUAAGUCAAAGUACAGUGAAUGUCACAAUGCAAAGGUGGGACCUGGUUACCAUUGUAAAUGCUCCUCUGGUUUUCGAGGAAAUCCUUACCUACCUCAUGGUUGUCAAGAUGUUGAUGAAUGCACUGAGGAAUCCCACGACUGUCUAAAGGGGAGAUCAAAAUGCUGCAACAGUCCAGAAGGGAGCUACACUUGUUUAUGUCCAAAGGGAUACGAAGGAGAUGGGAAGAUUAAUGGAAGCGGAUGUGUUAGAAGGAGUAACCGCAAAAUCACAAUUGCUUUCAGUGUGAGUGGAAGUAUAUUGGCACUGCUGGGGGGAACCUUAUACGUGUACUGCACAUUAAAGAAAAGAAAACUCAACAGACUUAAAGAACAUUUUUUCCAACUAAACGGUGGCCAGUUAUUACAGCAACAGAUAGGCAGGUAUAGUGGAUCAAAUGAAUUGACAAAAAUCUUUACUGUGGAAGAACUAAAAGAUGCCACCAACAAUUUCAGUGAAGAGAUGGUCUUAGGCGCAGGUGGGGAGGGAACAGUUUACAAAGGAAUAUUACCUGACAAUAGAACUGUAGCAAUUAAAAAGUCGAGAAUUAGUAACCCAAACCAAAUUGAGCAUUUCAUCAAUGAGGUGAUUCUGCUUUGUCAAAUCAACCAUAGAAAUGUGGUGAAACUCUUGGGGUGUUGUUUAGAGACAGAGGUUCCCUUACUUGUUUAUGAAUUCGUUCCCCAUGGAACUGUUUACGACCAUCUCCACGAUCAAACCAAAUCUUUAAGACUUACAUGGAAAAGAAGAUUACAAAUAGCAGUUGAAACUUCUGGGGCCCUGGCAUACUUGCAUUCUGCUACCCAUGCACCAAUCGUACAUAGAGAUGUGAAAACUUCAAACAUACUACUUGAUCACAAUCUCACUGCAAAGGUUUCUGAUUUUGGAGCUUCAAGGAUUAUUCCUCUUGACAGAAGUGAGUUAACCACUUUGGUGAUGGGAACACUGGGGUAUCUUGACCCACAAUACUUCCACUCAAGCCAGUUAACAGAGAAAAGUGAUGUUUAUAGUUUUGGAGUUGUCCUAGUCGAACUAAUAACAGGAGAGAAGGCACUCUCUUUUGAUAGGGCAGAGGCUCAUAGAAACCUAGGGGUUCACUUCCUUUCUUCAAUGAAUGAGGGUCGGUUACUUGACAUUGUGGAUGGCCGCAUAAUAGAUGAGGCGAAUGUUGAGCAACUAAUGGUUGUUGCAAACAUAGCAAGCCAUUGUUUAAGGAUGAAGGGGGAGGAGAGGCCUACCAUGAGAGAAGUGGCAAUGGAACUUGAAGGAAUAAACACUGUGGAGAAGCACCAAUGGGAAAAAGUCAACUUGUCAUCAGAGGAGACUGAAACUCUUCUCAAAGCACCACCGUCAUCUUCUUUUAGUGUAGAUGGUGUUAACAGAAGAACCAUGCUUGCUGGCUCUGAUAUUUUAAACCGAAUUUCCUUCUCCUUAACUAGUGGAAGAUGAUUAGCUGAUAUUAUUAUAAUAAUUCACAAGACUUUUGUUAUUCAAGACUAAAGGUCAAUCAAUAUUCAGAGUAAUGGAUGUUAUUGUAUGUUGUAUUCUCUUUUUCAUUGCACAAUGUGUCAUUACUAGUCCUU